AUGCGAAACAGCAGCCAGAUCCUCGAAGCGAUCGCGGCCGCAGCUCGAUCGGCAAAGAGUCAGCUCGCUUUUUGGCAGACCUUCGAAAGCAUACCUUCAGCCUCAUCCGAAACAAGCACCUCCAAAGCCAUGGCCUCCACGCCCGUCUCUGAAGGCUCCGCAUCUUCAAGCGCAGGCAUGGUGGAUGGCGAUGACACGGCCGGAACGAGGUCGAGCACGGCCUUCAUCAGAGAAACCAGCGCAGACGACAUGCAUCCCCCUGUCGACAUGACGAAUCCUGUUACCCUCACGCGCCUCAUUGCCUUACAUCUAAGCGAUUGGCGUCUCGACCGCGGUCGCGGGCCCCGUUCGCAUACACAUUGCCUCUGGUGCCGCGGUACCAUGAGCGACUCCACCGAAAUCCUCGUGCACGCCGCAGAAUCGAGAGUUUAUAACACCAGUUCUCAAAGUGUGGCAGCCGUGGCCGAAACCCCAGUGAUUGGGACGGAUCAGGACACACCAACAGCAGCGGCUUCUGCACAAGGCCAAACGGUUCCGGAAGAAGCAAAGAUGAAGGAACAACCCCAACAGUUGGCGGCUACGGGUCAUGCUAAGCCCUCGUGGGUAAAGACUACGACCAAGACCUACGCCGAACCACGCUACGCGGCAUGCGACAAUGCGUGGCCUGUAGGAUGCUUCCUUGAAUGGAUCAGUAUUGAACUGGACAACGGCGAGUUUCCUCGAAGCCUACGCUGCCCAAUUUGUCGGGUUACGUUCUAUACACGUUGGGACCGCUUCAGAAUCUAUGAUUUCAAGAAACCCAGUCCAGAGUUUGUGCCGGCCGCGUGGUUUCGAGUUAUGGUGUGUGUACCAACAUUUGGUGACGAAGGGAUAAGAGAGCCGCAAGACGAACCGCACGGGCGCCGCCGCGGUGAGAAGCGACUCAUCAUAAUGGACCGUACGGAAGUAGCAAAAUUGUCACUAUUCGGGCGGGACAAGAAGAUCUUCAAGCGCAUUGAUCGCAUUGGUCCGGAGGUGAAGAAGCCUGAACCGGAAAAGCGCAAGACCGUUCCAGUCGAACCAGAAACGAAAGAGGAGAGAAAGGAGAAAUCGAAUUCCAAGGGCAAAGAGAAGGUAGCAGCACAUAGGCCCGAGCUACGAGGGGCGCGGCAGAAAGAACAAGGAGAACCAGAACGAGACCAUGUUUUUACGACCUGGGCGGUCCUUGACUGGGGCCACAACGAAUUUCGAAUGAUACCCAUUCCCAAGACUCGGACUUGGUCGGUCGAGGUCGACGACGGUGAUUCCGACGACAGUGAUGCUGACCAACCUAUGUUGGACCCGGCUUCUGUCUUGACCAAACUCACGGCAGCCGAUCUCGUCAAAGAAGCAAUCAGCAAAGGUGGGCUCGCCCGUGCCAUUCACGCAUUUCAACCGAACACCAAGGGGAAUGAUGAAUGGCCAUCAUGGAGCUGUCUCCAAGAACGAGGCAGACGGUAUUAUCUCCAUCAAAUCGUCGUAUGUAUGGACGCAGAACUCGGUUUCAAAGGAGUAGGCAGCACCACCCCCGACAAGAACGCCGCGAAGAAGGUUCGCGAAGAAAUGCACUGGUACGGCAAGUUGCUCGAAGUCGCCAAUAUGCCGGUUAGACCUGGCGAUGACGAGUUCCAAAUGCUCUAUCCUAAAGCAGCUGAAUUUAGUCGAUUAACGGACAUUGAGAUCGAGUCCAGCGAGGCUGAUGCCGAUGUGAAGAAUGCUUAUGCGGCGGCGGCGGCGGCUGCUGCAAGUGAGCCUUGGGCACCGGAGUGGCACGAAGACUUUUCGGGCAGUGAGGAAGAAGAAGAAGAAGACGAGGAUGACGAUGAUGAAGAAGACUGA